GUACUAUAAUCGCAAAACCGAACGGGGUGGUUUCGUACGUAAGGGAUACCGGAGGCCGACUGUUGGAUACGGUCGUCGUAAGAAGAAUGUUCGAGCGAAGCGUAGCUAUCCGAAGAGGACGAGGAUGAAGGGAUUUAACGGAAGAGGCAGAGCCACGGCAAAGCGCUUGGAAGCGUUAGAAAAAGCCCAUAGCUUAGGAGAAGCUACAAACGUGGUGUUUUAUUCUAUACAGGGUAUACCGACUUCGUUCUCUGCGUCUGGGGAUCGUCAGGGUGAGAACUACUGGGAAGUUCCCGUUAGCUCUAUGCUAAGCGGGUAUAUGGCUAGUCGACGGGUGUUGAAGCUUCAGCUUACUGGCAUCGCCAUGGAAGGCGACGUGUUCGCUAAUGCGGAUAUUGAGAUGUUUGCUAUGAACAUCACCAAGGCGUUGGAAAUGCCUAACCCAGUGGCUCUUCAGCUAGAGGAUAAGAAGUAUCAGAUUGGGUACGGUAACCCUUCUGCUUUGGGUCGUAUGGACGACCUUCGAGUGAGGGAACUCUCGUCAGCUGCUUUUGAGGCACCUAGUCGGGACGGAAGCCUUUUUGGUGCUCCCAUGCACAGCGACAAGUCAAGUCGUUCUAUGGUCUGUGAGACCAAGAUUGGCAGUGGCAACCCCUUCACCAGUUACCGGGCCUUCCCGGCUACCACUAGACUGUCCACCUCCGGAGGACCGAAGUAG